UCUGCUCUCCUCUGGCAUGGACUCCGUGGAUGUUUAUAUUCACCUCCAGGCUCCUCAGCAGCACUUCCCUCCGCCUGAUACCCCUGUUCAGCCGAUGAAACCUGUUGUAACCACACGCGGGAAACUCGGGUGACCCGGCCGGCUACCAUCGCAGAGGCACAAUGGAGUCAGAGCACACUUCUACUAUAACAAUACGCUUGAGAAUAAUGGACAAAGCCAGGAUCGCCUGGGCUUGGAGGGAAUCCGAGCGAGACACUCCCCCUCCCCCAACAGAAGAAAGAAUACUAUUGCUGCGAGUCAUCCAUCCAGUAGCGCGUUGUAACCCCAGACCCAAACGACUCUCUACGCACAGUCGAUCUGCAGCUGCCGGUGUCACAGAGCGCCCUGGCCAUCCCCCUUCGAACUGCGGAGAGCAGCAACUAGGGCUGGGAACUUUUUUCAUCCUUCCAGUCCACCCCUUCGAUCGGUCCAGGCCACAACAACCGAGAAAAUUCAAGAUGGUCUAGAUAAGACGGUCUACAAUGGUCUACCCACCAUGCCGUUUAGCAUCAACACUUGUCGACUUAGUUCCAUUCAAGAUGGCUGAAAAACCAUCACAAAGAAUGUGAGAGGGCGGGAGCGUCAUUCA